AUGUGGUCUGAUGAGUCCAGAUUUACCAUGUUCCAGAGUGAUGGGUGCAUCAGGGACUUUGAGCGCCUCUGCCUGCUACAUGAAAUUGCCUCAGCCGACUGGGUUUCCAUUCUGGCAGGGAAACUCAUUGGGAAAGCUGCUGAUGCUUACCUUGCUGUGCCAAAGGGGGACCUGCGGAACUAUGCCACUGUACAGCAGUAUGCCAGAGGUAUGCCAUCACCGCAGAGGCAUAUCGACGAAAGUUCAGAUGUGAACAAAGCUAUUGAGAACAUAAUAAAGAUCUUAUCUGGAUUCAAUAGUAAUAUCCCUAAUUACUCCUGCAGGAAAUAUGGCCAACUGGCCGGUGUCAUAGGAGAUCUGUCUUCACAGACAUCUCGUCAUAUUGCAAACAUACUAAGCAUAUACAGGUACCCACAGAUCAGCUAUGGAGCAACUGAUCCCCAUUUAGCAAACAAACAUUUUUACCCAUCUUUAUUCCGAACCCUUCCCAAUGACCAGAUUCAGGCUGAGGCCAUUGUUAAGUUACUCAAACAUUUUGGCUGGACCUGGAUUGGAAUAAUCACAAUAGAUGAUGAAAAUGGAGAAAUACAGAGUCGGGAACUGAAGCAAAUAGCUGUGUCAAAUGGAAUAUGCAUUGAGUUCUCUCUAAAUAUUACUCCAUACGUGAACUUUGACCUGUCAAGAAUUAAGAAAAAUAUAAAGACUCUUAAAAGCUCAACAUCUAACAUCAUUGUGGUUUGUGGUUCAGUUUCUGCUUUUUCAGUUUUUAACAUGGAAAAAGAAAGUGAAGCUAUGUAUGACAAAACAUUUGUCAUUCCAGCCAGUUGGCAUAUCCAGUUUGAGAUAGAAAAUCAGGCUGCUAUAAUUCUUCUCAAUGGCAGCUUAGUAUUUAGACACCCAUCCAAGAGCAUUCCAAGUUUGCAAAAAUACUUGGAGAGAGUCAGUGUUUCAAGUCGACCACAUGACACAUUACUAGAAAUGAUAAUGGCUAUGAAACAACAGUGUUUGUCAUCAGAUGAUAAUAUGAAUAAAGUAAUGCAGCUUUUUCUUAGAGAUAGUCUUCAUAACUGCAGCAAGGAUGAUCUUCUGAUAGACUUAUUUACGCAGCAGGAAUAUUAUACGCAAAGAUUUCAGGCGACAUACGAAGUUUAUAAAGCAGUCUAUACCAUGGCCCAGUCUUUGCAUGAAAUGCAAUCAUUCUUGUCGUCCAAGAAUCUGGAAAAAUACAGACACAAACUAGAGCACUUUUUAAGAAAGGUUCAUUUCAAAGAUCCCAUUGGGGAAAGUACAACUUUUAAUGAGAAUGGAGAGAUCAUGACAGUGUAUGAAAUUAACAACUAUAUCCUGAUAGACGAUUCAAUAGUGACAGUUGUUGUUGGAACCUUCAAUCCAUCAGCACCUGAUGAAGGUCAACUCAUCAUCCUUGAGAGUGAAAUAAUGUGGAAAUAUUCUGGAAAUAAGAUUCCUCAGUCGAGGUGUUCUGAAGACUGCCCUCCCGGUUACAGACGGGUAUCACACAAAUCAGAAUACAUUUGUUGCUUUGACUGUGCUCCAUGCGCAGAUGGAGAGAUAUCCAGCCAGACAGACUAUGGGUUUUGCCAAAAAUGCCCUGGUGACACGUGGCCAAACAAGUUCAAGGACAAAUGCAUCCCUAAAGUCACAGAUUAUUUAUCUUUUCAAAGUGAUCCACCAGCUCUGGUGCUUUCAUUGAUAUCUGGUCUAUUCUCUUUAAUUGCUUCGAUUAUAUUAUGUAUAUUUCUUUCAUUCCGGGAUACACCUAUCGUUAAGGCUAAUAACCAGAAUCUCAGCUUCAUCUUGCUUGCAUCUAUUAUCCUCAGCUUUCUUUGUGUGUUUUUGUUUCUUGGUUGUCCUGUGGAUAUAACCUGCAUACUGCGUCAGACCUCUUUCGGAAUUAUCUUCUCAGUAGCCGUAUCUUCUCUGUUGGCCAAGACAAUCAUGGUUUGUAUUGCUUUCAAAGCUACCAAACCAGGCAGCACCUGGAGAAAAUGGAUGGGAAUACAAGUACCCAACUGCGUGGUGUUUAUUUGUUCAUUUACUAUGGUUAUUAUAUGUAUCAGUUGGCUCUCUAUCUCACCCCCCUUCCAGGAGAUGAACACUCACUCUUACCCUGGAAAGAUCAUAAUUGAGUGCAAUGAAGGUUCAGUCAUUGCCUUUUACACUGUCCUGGGUUACAUGGGGUUCCUUGCAGCUGUGAGUUUCAUUGUCGCUUUCCUGGUCAGGAAAUUGCCGGAUAGUUUUAAUGAAGCCAAGUAUAUCACCUUCAGCAUGUUGGUUUUCUGCAAUGUGUGGAUCACGUUUAUCCCGGCUUAUAUGAGUGUUAUGGGGAAAAACACUGUGAUUGUUGAGAUUUUUGCUAUAAUAGCUUCUAGUGCUGGAAUUCUAGUCUGCAUAUUCUUUCCAAAGUGUUACAUUAUUCUGUUAAGACCUCAUUUAAAUACAAAAAGACAAUUAAUAAAAUUAGCAAGAUUAUCGCUGGAUGCUGUUUGGAGCUUCGCUAUUACUCUCCAGGACUGGGAACCAGGACAUCUAAGCGGUCCAAUGCUCAGCCAGCCUGUGGACAUCCAUAACAGUUACCUUAAAGGAAUUCAAUAG